ACAUACAUAGCCUACACAAGCCUUCAUUCAGCACUGCCUUCCUAAGAAGAUUAGGUAUUUUGCGCUGAAGAUUGUCUCCAUAUUCUUCCAGCACUUUUUUGCCCUGAUCAUGUUGAGGAUGCUAAAGCGCGUGCAGCUUGUGUUACUCCUGUGGUUCUGUCAUUUCAUCCAAGAGCAAAAAGUGCAAGCUGGGAACUGCUGGCUCCAGCAGGGGAAGAACGGCCGCUGCCAGGUGCUCUACAUGCCAGGCAUGAGCCGUGAGGAGUGCUGCAGGAGCGGGAGACUGGGAACCUACUGGACCGAGGAGGACGUUCCCAACAGUACCCUGUUUCGCUGGACCAUCUUUAAUGGAGGGGCACCCAACUGCAUGCCAUGCAAAGAGACGUGUGAGAACGUGGACUGUGGACCUGGGAAGAAGUGUAAGAUGAACAGGAGGAGUAAGCCACGCUGCGUCUGCGCCCCUGACUGUUCCAACAUCACCUGGAAGGGGCCGGUGUGUGGCUCCGAUGGAAAAACCUACCGUGAUGAAUGUGCACUCCUGAAAUCGAAGUGUAAAGGACAUCCCGAUCUGGAGGUGCAGUACCAGGGCAAAUGCAAAAAGACAUGCCGUGAUGUGCUUUGCCCUGGCAGUUCGACGUGCGUCGUGGAUCAGACCAACAACGCCUACUGCGUCACGUGCAACCGCGUGUGUCCCGAGGUGACAUCACCUGAUCAGUACCUGUGCGGCAAUGAUGGCAUCGUUUACGCCAGUGCCUGCCACUUACGGAGAGCCACGUGCCUGCAGGGCAAAUCCAUCGGCGUGGCCUAUGAGGGCAAAUGCAUCAAGGCAAAAUCGUGCGAUGAUAUCCAGUGCAGCGGAGGGAAGAAGUGUCUGUGGGAUGAGCGACUGGGACGCGGCCGGUGCGCAAUCUGCAUUGACGAGACGUGUCCCGAGAGUCGCGCGGACGAGGCGGUGUGCGCGAGCGACAACACCUCGUACCCGAGCACGUGCGCUAUGAAGCAAGCUGCAUGCUCCAUGGGCGUACUGCUGGAGGUUAAGCAUACAGGAUCAUGCAACUCCAUUACGGAAGACCAGGAGGAGGACAACGACGAGGAGGAUGAUGAGGAUGAGGAUGAAGACCAGGACUACAUGGCUUCCGUCCAUUUAUCACCAAUACUGGACGGAUAAACAGCCAUCAGCCAGGGGAAAAGUCCUGUGGCAAGGAAAACCAUGUCCACACUGUACAAAUGUGUAUGCUAAUUUAUUUUUCGACGAAAAAAAGGAAGUAUACAUAUAGUUCAGUCUGAUAGAUGUUUAUUUAUGCAGUGUUUCAUAAUUUAUACUUUUUCGAUGUCUGACGUACUAUCUUGAUCAUGUUAUUUUUGUGUUCACUUGGUUUUAUUAUUAUUAUUAUUAUUAUUAUUAUUAUUAUUAUUAUUAUGAACUAUAUUUGUCCAAAGAGAAGCAGUGUUAUUUAUUGUGAAUGCUAUAGAGUGUAAAGUGUGCAAGUCUUCUUCAAGUUGUAAAUUGCAUUCCCCUUGCUGUAAAAAUCCGCUUAUCGCUAUCCGUUCUACUAUCAUAGAUGUUUAUUUCACACUUAUCUGCAUGUCAGCCUGUGUGUUUAUUUAUUGGGAAGAAAAAAAAAACUGUCACUCUUUAAUGUAAAUGACAUGUUCCUGGUUUUGUUUACUCUUCAAAUUGACCAAAUGGAUUUUCCUCAACAUUUCGCUCUACAGUGCAACGUGGUAACAUUUCAUUCACGAACCAGUUCUCAAGAAAAAAAAAAAAAAAAAAAAAAAAAAAAAAAGAUUUGUCUUUUAUGUUUUUUUUUUCUCCAGAUUUUGGUGUUUUGUCUUAGUUGUAUGUAUUCAGCUAUUCAACAUUGUCUGAUAUUUUAUUGUAAAGAAAAAAAAGUGCCACUAACACGUUUCUGAUGUAUGAUCAUAGCCAACGCUCUGCUCUAUAAGACCUCCGUCUGACUGAGCUGAUGUGAUGUAGGACUGAGUAUCAACAUACUGAACAGUAUCGGUUCUUAUUGUUUGUCAUUUUUAAAGUACAUUUUUAUUUUCUGACAUCACAAAAUAGUUAUAAAUAUAUAGUUUUGUAUUUUUUUAAUGUAAAUGUCAUAUGUAUAUACAAAGUUUGAUGGUAUUUGUACAGAUAUGAAGAGUGAAACAAUAAAAAAAAAUAAAAUGAAUGUGAUUUUA